AUGGCGGAGGCCUUCCUGAAGACAUACGAUGCAACCUUUGCGAGUAGUCCUUCUCUCACUGCUGCAAAGCAUCUACUUUACAACUCCACCCUAUGGAUAGCGUUUGGAAAGAGUUUUGAAGAAGGGGAAUCUUUGGAGGAAAUCUUGCAUGACCAUGAGGAGCCUCACUGUAAGAGCUCCCCUGGUGAGCAACAAAAGGAGGACCUCAUUGACGAGUUGCUUGAGCUCCAAAUGGAUGAGACACUAGAAUUUCACUUAACCAGGGACAACAUCAAAGCAAUAAUCGUGGACAUAUUCGGUGCUGGUGCCGAUUCAACUACAAAUGCUCUGGCAUGGGCAAUGGCAGAGCUAAUAAGGAACCCAAAAGCCAUGGAGAAAGCCCAAAAUGAAGUAAGGAGAAUAGCUGGUACAAGAGAAAUGCUAAAUGGGAGUGAUAUGCAGGAGGUUUGUUACCUGAAAUUAGUCAUUCACGGAGACUCUACGACUUUACCCUACAGCUCCAGUACUAAUCCCCGAGAAACAUUAGCUACCUGUACAGUUAAUGGCUAUGAAAUAGCAACUGAAACAAGGGUUAUCAUUAACGCAUGGGCAAUAGGAACGGAUCCAGAUUACUGGGGAUGCUCAGAAGAGUUUAUACCAGAGAGAUUCACUGAUAGCCCAAUGGAUUACAAGGGAAAUGAUUUCAAGUAUAUACCAUUUGGUGCAGGUCGUAGAGGAUGCCCAGGUGCAUUAGGGUUCCUACUUGAGGACAAAAAUGCGAUUGGCUACCUGCAGGCUCUUGACUGGGGUGCUUCUGAGUCGAACCACCGAUAG